AUGGAGAAGCUUUGGGCCUUGUCGAUCUGCAACAUCGAUGGCUUCGAGGACACCAUGCUUUCCCUCUUGGGCACAACACCAGAAUCAGCCGACCGGAGGGAUAGGGUGAUGUCACUAUGGUCUGAUGAUGGCGCAUCGGAGAGCUUGCAUGAGUCUUGGAAAACUAGCCGUCUUUACAGUGCACUCGAGAAGAUGUUGUCGUCAAAUUCGGAAUCAUCACCGUCGCAAACCUCUGGGAAACGGUCCCGAGCGGAUAGUGCGUCUAUUUCCAGCAGUGAAUGGGGUCUUCGAGUAGAUCAAAGCCAUUCGACUCCUCGACUUGAUGCGCCACGCGUGGUCGAGCCGUCUGCUUCUCCCCGUCUCAAGAGGUCUCGGUUGUCUUUGCCAACAGAUGGUCGAGCUGCGCCGCAACCUCACAGUAAUGGCCUCAAUACGUUACAGCUUCCUCCGCAGACGUCCCAUCUACUGGACGUUUAUUUCGCCGCCACCCAUUCCUGGUUUCCGAUCGUAGCGAAACACAAUAUCCUACGAGCAUCCUACCUCUAUGCGAACUCGCCCCUGUCCGUUACAAAUGUAUCCCCUGGCUCUGGAGACCAUGCAGCACUAUGGGCCAUCUUGAGCUAUACCGUCUCUCAGUCCCGGGUCAACCAACUCGACGGUCCAUCGGGUCUACUUGCUAAGACGAAGGGAUACUACUCGAUAGCGCGGAGUUUGAUCCCGUCGGAGAACGAGCAUUAUGAAUUGGGACAUGUACAGGCAUUGCUACUCUUGACCUUGGUGAACAUUGGUAUGGAGGAGUGGACGGCUGCUUGGCUGAUGAGCGGCAAAGCCGUCCGGAUGGCUAUUUCCAUGGAUCUUGGGGCAUUGACCGAUACUCGGCGGUCAGAGGAGCUCCGACAGGACAAGGCAACCUUCUUGGGUUGCUUUGUGGUCGACUCCUUGCUGUCGUUCAGACUCUCUCGGAGACCUUGUAUGCACCCGCGGGAUCUAUCGCCGGUGGGCUUGUUAGAAGAAGAUGGUCUGGAGGAGUGGAAUUCCUGGGCCGACGUCUUGCCGCCUACGGGGGCAGCACAGACAAAAAAUCCACCACGGCGAGGUCCCCUUCUCGCUCUCAGCUGCUUUAACCGUCUGGUCGAACUGGCGAGUGUGCUGAAUAAGAUCGCGCGCGACUGUUCUGUCGGGCCGAACAGUCAUGCGUUUGCACAGCAGAUGGUCCUGGAACUCAAACAAUGGGACGACCAUCUGCCUUUGGGCUGUCGACUGAUCGGCGCCGAAAGUAUCUACCCAGAGCGGCAUUCCGCUCUGCUCCCGCACCAGAGUUAUCUAGGAUUGGUAUAUGUCGCUACACUCCUAUGGCUCUAUCUACGUAUUGCACCUCAGGAGCUUGGUCUGCAUCACUCACAGCGACCCGCCACCGAAGGCGCAAAGAAACUGCUCUAUCGGGCGCUCCCGAUGAUCUCUCAGCAUUUGGACAACUUUUCGAUGUGUGGACUGCCACCAGUAUUCGAGUUAUCUCUGCGCACCAUUACUGAGCAGGCGUUUGCGCUGCGCACCAUGAUUGAGUCGGAUUCGUUUCCGUUUUCACAGUGGACGGAGGCACUGGUCAAGCGGACGAAGGAGCUCGCUCCGACAUGGCCGGCCUAUGUCACGCUGCUUACUACUAUCGAGCGCUGGUAUCGGUCAGGCAGCCUGUCCGAGGUUCCAUCCAUGGCGCUGCAUGGGACAAUGAAUAUCCCAGGGCUUUCCCCGGGGCCUGUGACCGUGACAGGAAGUCACCCAAAAGGCAAUUCGAUGCGGACCCAAGCAAACAUGCCGGGGGCUGCGAAGCAGGACUUGUCCUCGUCGAUACUUGGUAUAGCAAUGCCUGCGGAUGGACAGUACAUGACUCCAAAGGACACGGCUAUGGAGAAUGCAGAUCUAUCUAUGACAGAUGCAUCGUCUCUGCAACAGGUCAAAACUACUCCAACCUUGGCAGAUAAGCUUGCUCCAACGAAUGGAAUGCCACCUUCAACACAACCGCAGCCACCCACACCUGACUCAUCAGUGUCGAACCAGAUGAGGACGGUCCCUGACCGACCAUCCCACCCUGAAAACAUGGCCCUUAAUCCCGGGCCUAGCGGCUCCAAAAUAGGAGAACCGCAAGCAUCGAACGGUGCCAUCGACGCUAUCUUCGAAGACCUCGCAUAUCUCGACACAACCGAAUGGGCCAAUAACCGCGAGGCAGGACUGAAAGAAUUCGGCUUCAUUGACGACAGCACAUUCCAAGCAUUCUGCCACGAUCCAGACCGUCUGGUGGGAUCGCAGCCAUUAAUCCAUCCGCCGUCUAUAGCUGAUAUCUGGCCCCCGCCGGGGUUCUUCCCGGAAACUUUUCAGGAUAACUCGGAUGACCGAAUGAGUACGUGA